AGAUGCGAUGCCGGAUUCCAACUCUUGACAAAAAGCUGGAAAAAGUUUUCGCAUGGUAUACUAAACACCUUCUAGUUGAUUAUUAUUAUGUCUUUCUAAUAGCUCCUGUCAUAUUAACUGCCAUAUGUAGUUGUGGAUUUUAUUGGAUUAAAGAAUUGACACUUCUUGAUGCAAGGAAGCUGUACACACCUGUUUCAGCACCAAGUUGGAAAGAAGAACAGGUUUUUAGUGAGCUGUGGCCAGUGAAAUCCUACGAGUUUUUACCUGAACGUACAUUUCAAUGGAAUCGAUAUCUUUAUCUAGUUGUUCACGGACGGCCAUAUGAGAAUGGAACUUACCCCAAUAUUUUAGAAGGUUCUUAUCUUAACGAUAUUGCAAAAAUUGAAGAGGAAUUAGUGACAAAUGUCAGUUUUCCACGGGAAGCUGCACUUGAAGAUAAUCCAGCACUGAUGAGGAAGAGACAUUUGAAUGAAACUGAAAUCGAAGAGAACAGGAAUAUUACAAUUACGUUUAAGGAUGUGUGCAUGAACUGGUAUGGGGAUUGUUACAGAGAGAAAAAUGUCAUCGAGUUGUUGAAACGGAGGCACGAACUCAACAAAAGAGGAAUCUCAGUGACAUUCCCACAAGUUAACCAAGAAGGAACUCCAAUAUAUAUUGCAUUUGUGAUUGGAGGUGUAGAUACAUAUCCGAAUGAUACUAUCAAAUACGCAAGAGCCAUGCGACUUUGGUAUUUCUUAAAAUUUGACGACGAAGAGCAAGAGCAGUUGGCUAAAUUUUGGGAAGACACAGCUGAAAAAUUCGUUCGUGAAACAUACGCAGACCAUCCAACAAUUCAAUGUCAUAUUAAACAUUCGAGAAUUGUGGAUCAGGGUCUGACCAGGAAUGCAAAUCGAUUGAAACCAUAUUUCAAUGUAACAAUUGCCGUGUUAGUACUGUUCACCGCAUUUUAUUCUGUCAAAUGGUACUUCCGCAUGGAUCAUUCAUGGCCACUUCAUAUUGAUUGGCUUCGUUCAAAACCUAUGCUUGCACUUGGUGGAGUUUUGUCUUCUGUUCUGGCUAUUCUGAGUGGAAUUGGAUUGCUCUUGUGGUUCGGAAUGUUUUUUGCAGAAAUCACACUCAUCGCUCCGUUCUUGGUUUUAUCUAUCGGUGUCGAUGACAUGUUCAUUGCGGUUGCCGCGUGGCACAACACUGAAAUGAAAUAUCCGGGAAGAAGCCCAAAAGUGAUGAAAAAAAGAAUGAUUGAAGCAAUGUCCGAGUCAGCAGUUGCAAUCUUCAUCACAUCAUUCACUGACGUUCUUUCUUUUGGAGCUGGAACUAUCACUGAUAUCAUUGCUGUCCAGGGUUUCUGUGCAAUGACAGCUGCCUGCAUGUUCUUCACAUUCCUUUAUCAAAUCACCUUCUUUGCUGCUUUAAUGGUUAUUUCUGCAAAAGCUCAAAUGUCUGGCAGAAACUCUUGUAUGCCGUGUAUUACUGCCGGCGAUAUCUACACAAUUGAAGAUGGUUCAUUGCAACCUAAUUUGAAGAAGAAGAAAUCAAAAAGCAGAAAAGAUGCAAAAGCUGAAAAAGAAAAGAAAGAUGAAGCUAAAAAUGAUAAAAAUAUGGAAAUUGAAGAAAACGCCGAGAACGCCGAAAAGUCUUCAUAUGACUCAUCGCCAGAUCCAUCCCAAAUUCAUAUCCCAGUCAAGAGUAGAGGUGCGAUGGGACAUUUCUUCAGAGAUUACUAUGUUCCCUGGCUUCUCAACUGGAAAACGAAACUUUUUAUGUUCGUUACAUUUAUUAUAUACCUUGGAAUAUCUGUUUAUGGAAUUUGUGUAAUGGAACAAGGUCUAGAUUAUGACAAACUGCUGCUCCAUUCUGACCCAUUGGUUGAAGCAUUGAAACGAGAAAUUGAACUAUUCCAUGGUGGAGAUCAAAUCGAAAUUGCUAUUCAAAACUGUCCAAAUAUUACAAUUGCCGAGAGCCGAGAUAGAAUUGAACUUGUUGCUCAAGAGUUUGAAAAUAUUUCCUACUCUCUUGGCGGCAAAGGAACAUCAUUUUGGAUGAGAGAAUACAAAAAGUACAGUAACCUCACUGGAUCUUAUUUGAACGAUAAUAGAGAAAGUUGGAUCGUUGGAGUUUAUGAAUGGAGCCAGCUCUUUGCGUUUUAUAAACUUUGGUCACAAGAUUUUGUGUGGGCGAACGAAUCCGAUUAUGAUACUUUGGAGUUGAAGUCAUAUCGAUUCCGGAUUGGAGUUCAUCGUCUUUCGACGCCUACAGAUUUGGUUUUGAUUACAGAAGAGCUCCGUGGUGUGGCUGACCGUCAUCCAGAUCUGAAUAUUGUAACAUAUCAACAGAGUCGAGCAAUCGCCGAUCAGUUGAAUGUGAUCUUAAGUUCAACAAUCACAAAUGACACGCUGGCAAUGUUUUGUAUGUUCUGUGUAGCUCUCAUCUUCAUUCCAAAUCCAAUUUGUGCACUUUUCAUUACAUUUGCGAUGGUUACUAUUGAUAUUGGUGUAAUUGGAUUUUUAUCAUUAUGGAGUGUUAAGCUGGAUCCGAUUUCAAUGAUUACAAUUAUUAUGUCCAUUGGAUUUUCAAUUGAAUUUUCCGCUCAUAUUACUCAUGGAUUUGUUAGUAAUGAUAGUAAUCUGUCGGCUUUUGAUCGAUGCGUAGAUGCUAUGGAAAAGUUGGCUUGGCCAGUGGUCCAUGGAAGUUUGUCUACAAUUCUCGGAGUUUUUGUUCUAGCAUUUAUUGAUUCCUACAUGGUUCUUGUCUUCUUUAAAACUAUCUCUCUUGUUCUUAUUAUUGGUGCCUGGCAUGCUCUAAUGCUUCUCCCGAUACUUCUCUCAAUGUGUAUUCCAGUUAUCGAACGACUUUCAGAUGCAUCCAAGAAAGCAUCCGAUCGUCGGAGAAAGCUGAAGGAAAAUAAAAAUAGUGUUUAUGCAAUUAAUUUGCCGGUAAAUGUAUCCUCGUGAAUAAUGUUUAAUUGUUGUUUUUUCUAUUAUUUUCUCGAAUUAUUUUGCUCAUUCCAACCAUCUUUCUCCACAAUUAUUUAUUACGGGUAUUUAUGACAAAUUUAUAAAGUUUUUCACACAUUUC